CUCUCUUUCCUCUUGCAUUUGAAACCUCUUUCCUUGAGUUUCUUUAACUCGAAGAGGUCGACCAAGAAUCAAAAUGGGUUCUUGUAAAUUCUCUAUGUUUAGUUUCCUUUGUUUGAUCAUCAUUUUGUUCGUGGUUUCUGGGGAAGAGAUAAGUCCCCAGCUUGUUAAGGAGAGGAUCUCAUUGCUUUCUUUCAGGUCUGAUGUAGUAUUAGACCCUGAAGGUGCGCUUGAGAGCUGGAACUCUUCAGGUAUUCAUGUUUGCAACUGGACAGGAGUCAAGUGCAACAAUGCUAGUGAUCAUGUUGUCCAGCUUGACCUAAGUGGCCUGUCACUUCGUGGCAGGAUUUCUCCGGUUCUUGCGAAUCUUUCUUCUUUGUUGGUUCUUGAUUUGUCAAGGAACUUCUUUGAAGGCCAUAUUCCAGCAGAGUUGGGUGAUCUUCUCCAGUUAAGACAGCUCAGUUUAUCAUGGAAUCUUCUCGGUGGAAACAUUCCCGAGGAGUUGGGAUUUCUUCAUCAAUUAGUAUAUCUUGAUUUGGGAAAUAACAGGCUUGCUGGUGAUAUUCCUGCACCACUUUUCAGCAAUGGUUCUUCUUCUUUGCAGUACAUGGACCUUUCUAACAAUUCUUUAACUGGAAAAAUUCCUUUGAAUAAUGAAUGUAAGCUUGGUGCUUUAAGGUUUCUUUUGCUUUGGUCUAAUAGACUAGUUGGCCAGGUCCCUCGAGCACUUUCUAACUCCACCAAUCUUGAAUGGCUCGAUUUGGAGUCAAAUAUGCUGAGUGGGGAGUUGCCUUCAGAGAUUGUACGCCAAAUGCCAAAGUUACAGUUCCUCUAUUUGUCUUACAAUGACUUUGUUAGCCAUGAUGGUAACACAAAUCUUGAACCUUUUUUUGCUUCUUUAGUUAAUUCAUCUAACCUUCAGGAGCUUGAAUUAGCAGGAAAUAACCUUUUUGGAGAGAUACCUCCUAUUAUUGGUGAUCUUUCUACCAAAUGUGUACAGAUUCAUCUAGAUGAGAAUAUUCUUUAUGGCUCCAUACCCUCUCACAUUUCAAAUCUUGUCAACCUCACCCUCUUAAACUUGUCCAGCAACCUUCUGAAUGGUACCAUCCCACCAGAAUUAUGUCGUAUGGGAAAACUAGAGAGGGUUUAUUUAUCAAACAAUUCACUCUCUGGUGAAAUUCCAGCAGCUCUUGCUAACAUUUCCCAUUUAGGCCUUCUUGACUUGUCAAAAAACAAACUUACAGGCUCCAUCCCAGACAGUUUUGCCUACCUUUCACAGCUUCGGAGACUCUUUCUCUAUGAAAAUCAACUGUCAGGAACCAUACCACCAAGCUUGGGACAAUGUGUCAACUUGGAGAUCCUAGACCUUUCUAGCAAUGACAUUUCUGGGACAAUUCCUAGUGAAGUUGCAGGAUUGAGGAGCUUGAAGUUGUAUUUGAAUUUGUCAAGAAAUCAUUUACAUGGGCCUUUACCACUUGAGCUGAGUAAAAUGGACAUGGUGCUAGCAAUCGAUCUAUCUUCCAACAAUCUCUCUGGCACAGUCCCGCCUCAACUUGGAAGCUGCAUUGCACUGGAGUACCUUAACCUUUCAGGUAAUGUCUUAGAAGGCCUUCUUCCUGCUACAAUAGGGCAGUUGCCUUAUCUUAAAGAACUCGACGUAUCUUCAAACCAAUUGAGUGGCAAUAUACCACAAUCUAUUGAGGCAUCGCCGACUCUCAAGUAUCUCAACUUCUCUUUCAACAAGUUCUCUGGGAACAUAUCAAACAAGGGAGCAUUUUCUUCCCUGACAAUAGACUCCUUCCUUGGCAAUGAUGGCCUUUGCGGACAAAUAAAGGGCAUGCCCAACUGCCGGAGGAGAAAUGCUCAUCUUUCAUUUAUUUUACCUGUCCUACUGUCACUGUUUGCUACUCCCUUAUUAUGCAUGUUCGCAUACCCCCUCGUACUCAGGUCAAGGUUCAGAAGGAAAAUGGUGAUAUUCAAUGGAGGGGACUUGGGAGAUGAGGACAAAGAAACAAAAGACCUCAAACAUCCAAGAAUCUCAUAUCGACAGCUUAUUGAAGCUACAGGGGGUUUUAGCGCUUCAAGCCUAAUAGGUUCAGGCCGGUUUGGCCAUGUCUACAAGGGCGUUCUUCAAGACAAUACAAGGAUAGCUGUUAAGGUAUUGGAUUCAAAGGAAGAUGGAGAAAUUUCAGGAAGUUUCAAAAGAGAAUGCCAAGUACUAAAGAGGGCCAAACACAGAAAUUUGAUCAAGAUCAUCACAACAUGCAGCAAGCCAGACUUUAAGGCUCUUGUCCUUCCUCUCAUGUCAAAUGGGAGCCUGGAAGGGCAUUUAUACCCAAGCCAUGGACUAAAUACAGGGCUGGAUUUGAUUCAGUUGGUUAGCAUAUGUAAUGAUGUGGCUGAAGGAGUGGCCUAUUUGCACCACUAUUCUCCUGUUAGGGUAGUGCACUGUGAUCUCAAGCCAAGCAAUAUUCUUCUGGAUGAAGACAUGACAGCUUUGGUAACUGACUUUGGAAUCGCAAGAUUGAUUAAAGGUGCUGAUGAUAGUAAUUCAACAGAUGAUUCAAUGUUCCUUAGCUCAUCUGAUGGAUUGUUGUGUGGAUCUGUCGGCUACAUUGCCCCUGAAUAUGGAAUGGGAAAGCGUGCUUCAACGCAAGGAGAUGUUUACAGUUUUGGAGUCCUCCUGCUAGAAAUUAUAACAGGAAGGCGCCCCACAGAUGUUCUAUUUCAUGAAGGUUCAAGCUUGCAUGAAUGGGUUAAGAGUCACUAUCCCCACAAGCUCAAGCCCAUAGUUGAUCAAGCAGUGCUUAGGUGUGCUCCAUCUGUCAUGCCGGUAUCCUAUAACAAAAUAUGGAGUGAUGUGAUCUUGGAAUUGAUUGAGCUUGGUCUUGUUUGCACACAAAAUAACCCUUCAACAAGACCAAGCAUGCUAGAUGUAGCCAAUGAAAUGGGUAGCCUAAAGCAGUAUCUCUCUAACCCUCCCUCCCUGGUGAUUGAAUAAUCAUAUCCUAAAGCUAGUGCUUCUUGAAUUUGCAA